UUGGGCCUCAGAACAUCGUACUGACGAUCCAUGUCCCUAUCUUUUACGAUAGGCUUUGGAGAAGCCAACGACCUUUUCAGUCAACUGGUUUCCUUAACGCGAUUUGCACCAGCUCCCAUUAUUAACACAUCCUCGACACGUCUGGAGUAAUGAUCGGGCAGGUAGUGUUUCUCGUGUAACAUUGCUUGUUUGAGGAACUAUCGCUUUCCGUAAGCAAUAAUUUUUUACGGGAUGGGGGGACUGGCCCCAUGCCCCAAGCUGGAGGGCCAGGGUUUUCUGUCAGCGUGGCCUUCCCUUAUCCACUAUAUUCUUAGUCUUUGUUCUGAAUUUUACAGCCUAGUUAUUUUAUUAGUUAGUGUCUUUUACUCAUGUCUUAGAUAUUUCUACUUUUUUUUUUGUUAAAUUUUAUUGGUGAGAUAUUUUUACAACCAUGUUUCCAGGGUCUUUUCCCUGGCUUGGGGGUGGGGUGCGAAAGGCCUUUUCCCGCCCCACCCCUAAGCCAGGGAAAAGACCCUUGGAACUCAUUGUAAAGCGCUAUUGGAUAGUGAUAGAAAUAGCGCUACAUAAAUAAGCAUUAUUAUCAUAUCAUUAUAUCCCGUCAUUUCUAAAGGCGCCAGAAACCCGCCUUUUGCCGUUGCCGCUCAGCUGUAGCAGAACAGCGUUACCAGGGUUAAGACGAAGAACAUGCGACAGCCAACUUGGUGGCAGAGUCUAUGACACGGUGGAAAUUCGCGUUCGUUCGCUGAAAUACAUCCUGAGAAGCCUGACAUCCGCAACUGAUCUUAAUAGCCCUUAUCAAGGUUACUUCUCUCACUUUGCAUUACAUUAUCAUCCAAGCAUGUGUAUAUGAGGUCAGUUUCGGGGACAUUACAGUUUUUGCCUAGCCUUCGUAGUAAGCGGAGCGUUCCCGCAUGAAGAACUUUUUCUACUUCGUCGAUAGUGGGAGAGACUUUUUUUUUUGCGUUUAUAUAACCUACAUAGUUUAAAGUGAACCAGAACCCUAAAGUUUGAGAAAGGGGGUGUGAGCACAUCCGUAACUUGGGAAACCACCGGCGUAAUUAACCAAUCAAAUUCUAGGAUUUAGGAUUCCAGACCGCUGAGAUAAAUAAUUUUUAUUUUCUGGAUUUUCGGAGGUAAGGACGUGCGAAAGUGCAGAUAUGGUCGCUUCGUCCCUGAUUACUGAUUGUAAUGCAAAUGAGAACAGUUAACCUGCGAGUAGGCUUUACCUAAGAGGAGCCUGAUUGCAGGCUGACCCAGGCUAGUUAACCGUGAAAUGGGCUAUUGCUAACGAAGUGGGCGUGGGAGUUGGCAACAGGUUUUGGAGUUGUCUUCUUGCUUUGUUGCACGGUAACGUCCAAGACAUGACUUGAGUCAACUCGCUCUAGCGUAAAAAACGCCAGAUUUAAAUUCUUUUUUUGCAAUAGCACCUUGAAAAGCCCGUUAGCGAUCUACUGAUCAGCAAUGAUCGGAUUUCAAUAUCCAGUCGGCACAUACUUUAGUUUUAAAACAGCGAGCGCUUAAUUAAGUACCGUUGUAAACAGUAAUCACACGUGCGGAAAGUUGACCCAUUUUGACCUGCGCUCAUAGCCAGCAGUUUGACCCCAAGCGCCAUGCGUACUAUCGCCAAACGUAAACAAGCGCACGCGAGUAUCAGGUAGCGGAAAAAGCGGCAGAAAAAAGUUCCGGGUUGAAAACUGUUUGCUUCAUUUGCCUUUAAUUAGUUUCUUUUAGAACGAUAGGGCACUUAUGAGUUUUGAUGAGGAGGUGUCGAGGAGCGAACUGUUUGAAUUAGUACAGUAUUUCUCAAAGAACCCUUUCAGGGCGCGCGAUUCUAACUCAAAGGUAGAGGGCAUUCAGAGAAAAAGUUUGCAGUUGUUUGCGAAGGAUUAUAAAUUUACGACCAUUACCAACAACAAUGGCGACCUUUGUGGUCACUAUCCACUAAAACUGGUUAUUUUGGAGGCAAAACUCAACGCUAGUGAAUCGGAAAAGACCGACAGUCAAAAAGUGAAUGAUGCAAGGAAACUUCGUGAUCUAUUUGUGAAGGCCAGAUUUGCGCGAUGCAGAUCAAGAUUUGUAGUACCAGUUAUUCUCUUUGAGGGAAAGAAUAUCUGCAGAUCAGCUACACUGUCAGGAGGAGCGGAAAUUUAUGGUCGAUCUGGAUAUGACUUCCUUUUUGCUGGUGGAGAGAGUAUCCCUGAUAACCCACUUGACGAUCUUAAUGGAGUGAAUAGUACAGGUCCUUUGUACUCAAGUGGAGAUUAUGACUUAUUUGACCGCAUCAGAGGGCAGGACAUCCGCUUGCUUAAGACACUCAGAGUCAAGUAUAUUUGUGACUUAAUGGUUGAGAAAAAGAAAGUGAAGUUUGGCAUGAGAGUGACAUCAUCAGAGAAGGUGGACAAGAUUCAGCGCUACUCAGACUUUUGUUUAUGCUCUGUUCCCUAUCCAGGUUGUGAAUUUUUUAGAGAUUUUAAGGACAAUGAAUACAAUGCACAUGGCUUACACUUUAAUUGGCAGCAGGACUACGUUGACACAAAAUUCAGUGUCCCUGAUUUAUUAUUGAAUCACAAGGGUAUAGAAUGGAACAACUAUCAGGUCAGAAUUCAGUAAAAAUAUUCACAAGAUAUCAUGUGACCUGAAGCUCUGGUUUUUAGGGCAAGGGAGAGGGCCCGAGGACUUCCUAUACAUGCAUAAAGCCAUUCCUUUCUUGCCCUGACAAGCAGGCUUGCAGCCACAGGUGACAGUUUAAUGCAAUGACUUAUAUAGAGGUUCUUCCAAAACUAACUCUAUUGUGUCUGCACAAACAGGAGGGGGUCACUUAUUCUGAGCCCUCCUCUUUCAAAAUAGACCAACUGAAACUUGAUAUGUGUACUUAACAUAGUGCUCACGAUUAUGGCAUAUGGUAUGUUAGGUAUGCUCACCACAUUAGUGACUUUCAGUAACAAAUUUUCUCACCCACCACUGGUAGCCAUGUCA